UUGGCAUCUCUGCAUCUGCAGAUCAAUUCCUGAGAGCCGGAGCAAGGACACAAAACUUGGAGCCUUCUCUCUUCGCUUGGUUGCUUUUGCUGCUGUCGGCUGGAUAUUCCUGGUCAGUGCCGGGCGGCAUAGUUGGGGGUCACGAGGCCCCCCCGCACUCUCGGCCGUACAUGGCAUCACUGCAGAUUCGGAAGCAGCAGAAUUGUGGGGGGGUCCUGGUUCGGGAGGACUUUGUGCUGACAGCGGCACACUGCAGCGGGAGGCUCACGGUUGUUCUGGGGGCUCAUUCAAUCAGCCAGAGGGAGGUGUCUCAGCAGAUAUUCCGUGUGCAAAAGCACUACAGACACCCCAGCUACCGAGAGGGCAUUCUGAAGCAUGACAUCAUGCUGCUGAAGCUGGACCGAAACGCCACUUUGAACAGCUACGUGCAGCCGAUCCCAGUAAAGAGCAGCGGAGACGUGGCAGAGGGGACGGUUUGCAGCACUGCGGGCUGGGGCUACAUCGGCAACAACGGCACAUACGCCGAUAAACUGCAGGAGGUGGAGACGACCGUGCUGAGCAGGCGAGAGUGCUACCAACGCUGGAAGCGCUAUAUCAGGAUCGACAAAAGCAUGACCUGCGCUACAGACCACGGGGCUUUCAAAGGCUUUUGCGAAGUAUGUAAUGCUAAUGCAUACCAAGAUAACGAAUUAAACCUGCUAUCACAUCCUGAGUUGCGGUGCUGGUUAUUUUUAAUUCAUAGCUGA